UUGAUUGAAAGUCAAUUCAUUCUGAUCCUCUGAAUGACGAACGUGUUGAAUGACGUUGUGAUUUGUAUUCAUUUGCAGGAUCAUUGAUGAUGUGCGCGCGAUAUGACCGAGCACACUGAAUGGAUGAAGAUUUUUAUCUGACUUUCCGUCUGAGAUCUGUCGUGUUCGAAUUCGUUGAAAGUUGAGCCUUGUAGAAUCAACCAGGCUCAAGGUAUGAAUCUUCCUCCAACUCCUCCGUCUGGCCCAUUUUCACGAACACCGUCACCAGAACCGUCGCGUGAUGGCAGCAGAGAAGAAAGUCCUGCGUCUCCAGGAAAUAACCCAUGCGCCAUUUGUUUAUCCAAAAUUGAGGACAAAGCUGAAACUGGGGUCUGUUCCCACGAGUUCUGCUAUACGUGUAUUUCUGCGUGGGCCAAGGUUAAAACGCAGUGUCCUCUUUGCAAGACAAAAUUCAAAUCCAUCAGACACAGUUUUGACGCUGAUGGCAAAUACGCGGUGACGAGAGUUGAGCGAGUUUCUGGCACAGAAGACCAGAGAUUAAAUCGGCGAAAUGAUGAUCAAAAUGUUCGCACGAGAGACUUGAUGUCGAAUCAACGCUCUCGGGUCUACACUCGGGACCUUUGGGCCCUGCAAUUCCCAUUUCCGGAUCGUCACCUGAGGCCGCAUCUUCUCGCCGCGGAUCCCUCGGAGUUUCGGAGGAUCCGAGCGUGGAUAAACCGCGAAUUGGUUGCAGUGCGACGAGCAACGGGACAAGAGCAGGUGUCGAGAGCAGACUUGGACUCGGUGAAGGCCUUGUUGACUGUUCACGACUUGCUGAGUGAGAGGAUGUUGACGGAGUUGGGGCGACGGGUUGGGAGGCGAUUCGCGAGGCAUUUUUUGCACGAGUUGAUCGUUUUUGUGAAUACCCCGUACUCUGUUCGGGAAUACGAUGAACGCGUUUUUUACGCAUCCAGGCAGGAAGUGUCCAGAACGUCGCCGGUGUUCCGUUUAGUGGCUGACGAAACCUCAUGUGACGGAAGAAGUGAAAGCAUAUCAAACGUAUCCCGAAGAUCGAUUCCACGUAUUGCCGAAACAAAUGCGCCGAGCAGCAGUGGAUCGGGGGUCAAGAGGAAUCGAGACAGACGACGGAUUUCCAGAUGGAACAUCGAGGAUGAAGCGACGCGGAAGAAAUCUUGA